ACUUUUUUAUCAUAAGUUGAAAAACUAUUGUCAAAAAUAAAAUGGGGAAUUUUACUACAGAAGACAAAAUAUGUAUAACACGUGAGAUAACAGUAAAUAAAACUGAAGGUUAUGACGAUAUAAUCACCAAUUUUGAUAUAAAGGAAACAUGCAAAUGGAUCGAAAGAAAAAAGUUUGCGAAAGUGUGCUUACAAUUUCCCGAUGACCUGCUAGAAGUAAGUUGCAAAGUUUAUAAGGAAAUUAAAGAUCGAAUUGAAGUUGACCUGUAUAUUAUGGGAGAUACAUCAUAUGCUAGCUGUUGUAUAGAUUCUGUGGCAGCUAUGCAUGUGCAGGCCAAUGGAAUUGUGCAUUAUGGUCACAAAUGCUUUUCAAAAACUGAUAUACCAGUUUACAUGGUAUUGCCAAAAGAAAAACUGGAUUUUGAUGCAGCAAUAAAUACAUUGAAAGAAAAAUAUGAUUCUGAUGACAACAUGAAGUUAUGCCUCUUUUAUGGUGCAGAAUUUGAACACUGCAAUGAAAAUAUCACCCGAAAAUGGUUUCAAAAAUAUCCAAAGAGUUAUAUAUGUCACAUUGAAUUAGAAGAUAAGCCUGAGAGAUUUCUUGGAAGGAUAAUCAAAGACGUACAAAAUGUGGAAUACCCAAUUCAAGCAUUGAAAGAUUGUAUCUGCAUUUAUUUAGGCUCUCGGGGGCAGACAAUAUUCAACUACACUAUAUCUAUUCCAGCUACCAAAUGGUACUUAUUAAAUCCAUCAUCCAGUCAAUUAGAACAAUUGGAUGAAACAAUAUGGUUUAAGCGCAGACGCUUCCUUAUAGAGAAGUGUAAAGAUGCUAAUAUAAUUGGUAUACUUAUAUGUAAGCUAUCAGGUAAACAGACCAAAGAUAUCAUCAGUAGAAUGAAAGAACUCUGUAAAGUAAAUGGAAAGAAAAGCUACAUUGUGUCUGUUGGUAAACCCAAUAGUGCUAAAUUAGCCAAUUUUCCUGAAAUUGACAUAUAUGUGAUGAUUGCAUGUCCAGAAAAUGAUCUAUACAGUUCGCGGGACUUUUAUAGACCAAUAGUUUUCCCGUACGAACUUGAAAUUGCCCUCAAUUCCAACAGAGAACCUUUUCCCACAUACCAUGUCACAGACUAUGAUGAACUUCUACCUGGAAGAAGACACUAUGGAGAUAUUAAACCGAUACAAGAGAUCGCAGAUGUUAGUCUAAUAACAGGCCGAAUAAGAGAAGCGAAAGUGAACCAUUUAGAUGGCAGUAGUCAAGAACUAGCUGAACAACAAAAUUGGGCUUUAGAAUCGAUAGGAAAGACCCUCCAAGAUAGAUCUUGGAAAGGUCUAGAACAAAAACUAGGCGAAACUGAAGUAAAAAAGGUGGAAGAAGGACGUAAAGGCAUAGCAUUACAGUACAGCAAUGAACAGGAGUGAAUUUUGAUUUCUUUAUUGUUACUAUUUUAAUU